AUGCGCUAUGGUAAGUCUCCCGCCAUCUCAAAGCUGAUGGUAGAACCCGCCUCGCCAAAAGUAAACCCCUUUCACUACCUCUCGCACCCGUCGGGCGAUGCCGGGGACCUUCCCGAACUCCCCACCCACCUCCAGGCGCUCGUGACGGAUACGGAUCACCCGGGCUUCAUCGAUACGGUCCGGGCGAGCCAACACGACCCGCCUAUGCGGAUCACCAAGGUGUCGGCGGAUACCGUACGGAUGACGGUGCUUCCUCAUCGGGCAAUGCAGGGGCCGCCACCCAGUCCGCCUAUCAGCGAGGGGGAAGAUAUCAUUGUGGUCGGUGCUGCUCUGACUGCUGAGCCAGAGGCAGUACCGGAAGCCAUACCGGAAGUCAUACCGGAACCGCCCAUCAGGCGAUUGUCGAACGGGUCAACACGGACGGGCUCUUUAGCGGUGGUCCGGAGCGGUCGGCUAGCACCGGCACGAGAACCUGCCCCACCCCUUCCACCGAAGGAGUCGCCCGUCCCAGCACCCGUCCCCAAAUUAUCUCGCAAACCUACCAACCCCGCUCCUCGUGCCCAAACACCUGUGCCUGGCCUCGAAGGCCAAGCGCUGGACUCGGACAUUAUCGCUCAGGCGGAGGCGAUCCGGAAGGAGCGGCUGGAGCGACGUCAAAAGAAGGCGUCGGUGGAGAAGGAACCUCAAGUCGUCGUUGGGAAUCUCAUCGGCGAGGACCACGUCAAUUUCGUUCUCAUGUACAAUAUGUUGACUGGGAUUAGAAUAGCAGUAUCUCGUACGCAAGCCAAGAUCCGCCGUCCUCUCACCGACGAGGACUAUCUCGCUCGUCAUAAAUACUCCUUUGACAUUGUCGGGAACGAACUCACUCCGUCCGCGCGGUACGACUUUAAAUUCAAAGACUACGCUCCCUGGAUCUUCCGUGAUCUGCGUGAGGAGCACUUCCACCUUGACCCCGCCGACUACCUCCUCUCCCUCACUGCCAAAUACAUCCUUUCGGAGCUCGGCUCGCCCGGCAAAUCCGGCUCCUUCUUCUACUUUUCCCGCGACUAUCGCUUCAUCAUCAAAACCAUCGCCCACUCGGAACACAAAUUCCUCCGGUCUAUCCUCAAAGACUAUCACCAACACAUCAUCAACAACCCCCAUUCCCUCCUUUCGCGCUUCUACGGUCUGCAUCGGGUAAAAUUACCACGCGGCCGGAAGAUUCAUUUCCUCAUCAUGAACAACCUCUUUCCUCCCCAUCGCGAUAUACACGAAACGUACGAUCUCAAGGGCUCGGCAUUUGGUCGCGAGUACCCGGAAGAGAAGGCGCAGAAGAACCCUCGGGCCGUGUUGAAGGAUAUCAACUGGGUCAAUCGGGGCCGGACAUUGGCGUUUGGGCCAGAGAAGCGGGCGCUUCUGACGGAGCAGCUUCGGCGGGAUAUGGAGUUCUUGCGGAAGAUUGGCGUGAUGGACUACUCGUUGCUUGUGGGGAUCCACAACAUGGAGAGGGGGAACAAGGACAAUCUGCGGGAGAAUCAGCUAUCCGUCUUCCACCCCGAGAUGUACACGUCCACCAAGGAUAUGCGGAAAGCCGUCAAGAGGUCCGAUCCGCAGAACUUUGACGUCACCAAGCUCCCGCUCGAAGUGGAUCGGAACCACUUUUUGUUCUACCAGGACGAAGGAGGGAUGCAGGCUACCGACGAGGCCAACCAGGCCAUGGACGCUAUCUACUAUCUUGGAGUCAUCGAUAUUUGUACCCCGUACAAUACGGCCAAGAAGCUGGAACACUUCUGGAAGAGCAUGACGGAAGGAGCGACGAUCUCAUGUGUCGAUCCCGAUACCUAUGGUCACCGCUUUAUAAACUUCUUGCAAUCCGUCAUGCGCGGCGGAGAUAUGAGCCUGCGGCCGGCGGGUCUCAUGCCUGAUAUCACGUCGGAGAAGCCAAUAGGACACGCUAGCUAA